UUGCCGCGCGGGUUGAGUGCGUGAUGACGUCAUCCCUCCUUCCUCAGAUCAAGAUGGCGACGUCGACCAGGAAGUAGGUAAACAACCGAACAGGAGGAGAAAAAUAUGGAUUACCCCUCAAAAACACCCUAACCGGUGAACACAAAGGCAGAUUGAGUGGCCGUUAGUGGUCGUGGAGGGGUAUCGAGGACAGGAGAGUUUAGUUAUCACGCGGUGAGUGACUUUUCUGUCAGGUUAGCCUGUUAGCACAAGUCAAACAAUAGAUCAGUAGAGUAAGUCAUAAAAACACUCAGACAGCUGAGAAAUUCACUAAUACAUCAUUUAAAUUAAUUCAUUAAAAAACAUCCAAAUUAACUGGGUGUCAUGUUAAAAUGAUGUGCUUGUGAGUCCAGUGAUAUUUAGUUACAGGUUUUCAUGUUGACACGCUCAGUCAGAAUUAAUUGAGUUUUUUUUCUCUCUACAUGUUUAAAUGGUUAAAUUUUAAUAUAAUAUUUUUAUUUCUUUUUUUUUUUUCCUUUUUUUUUUUGGCUGAGUGGACAUGAGAUAUGUGUUAUAGCGUGAGAAUAAAAUGACAUAUGUACUUACGGUGUAAUUCACAUUAAACAUACACAUACAGUUGAAGUCAGAAGUUUACAUACACUUAGGUCAUUAAAACUAAUUUUUUAACCUCUCCACAGAUUUCAUAUUACCAAACUAUAGUUUGGUAAGUCGUUUAGGACAUCUACUUUGUGCAUGACACGAGUCAUUUUUCCAACAAUUGUUUACAGACAGAUUGUUUCACUUUUAAUUGACUAUAUCACAAUUCCAAUGGGUAAGAAGUUUGCAUACACUAAGUUAACUGUGCCUUUAAGCAGCUUGGAAAAUUCCAGAAAAUGAUGUCAAGCCUUUAGGCAAUUAGCUUCUGAUAGGAGGUGUACUUGUGGAUGUAUUUUAAGGCCUACCUUCAAACUCAGUGCCUCUUUGCUUGACAUCAUGGGAAAAUCAAAAGAAAUCAGCCAAGACCUCAGAAAAAAAAUUGUGGACCUCCACAAGUCUGGUUCAUUCUUGGGAGCAAUUUCCAAACGCCUGAAGGUACCACAUUCAUCUAUACAAACAAUAGUACGCAAGUAUAAACACCAUGGGACCAUGCAGCAAUCAUACCGCUCAGGAAGGAGACGCAUUCAAAAUGUCAAAGUGCAAAUCAAUCCCAGAACAACAGCAAAGGACCUUGUGAAGAUGCUGGAGGAAACAGGUAGACAAGUAUCUAUAUCCACAGUAAAACGAGUCCUAUAUCGACAUAACCUGAAAGACUUCUCAGCAAGGAAGAAGCCACUGCUCAAAAACCACCAUAAAAAUGCCAGACUACAGUUUGCAAGUGCACAUGGGGACAAAGAUCUUACUUUUUGGAGAGAUGUCCUCUGGUCUGAUGAAACAGAAAUUGAACUGUUUGAUCAUAAUGACCAUCGUUAUGUUUGGAGGAAAAAGGGUGAGGCUUGCAAGCCGAAGAACACCAUCCCAACCGUGAAGCAUGGGGGUGGCAGCAUCAUGUUGUGGGGGUGCUUUGCUGCAGGAGGGACUGAUGCACUUUACAAAAUAGAUGGCAUCAUGAGGAAGGAAAAUUAUGUGGAUAUAUUGAAGCAACAUCUCAAGACAUCAGUCAGGAAGUUAAAGCUUGGUCGCAAAUGGGUCUUCCAAAUGGACAAUGACCCCAAGCAUACCUCCAAAGUUGUGGCAAAAUGGCUUAAGGACAACAAAGUCAAGGUAUUGGAGUGGUCAUCACAAAACCCUUACCUCAAUCCGAUCUGAGCAGAACUGAAAAAGCAUGUGCGAGCAAGGAGGCCUACAAACCUGACUCAGUUACACCAGUUCUGUCUGGAGGAAUGGGACAACAUUACAGCAACUUAUUGUGAGAAGCUUGUGGAAGGAUACCCAAAACGUUUGACCCAAGUUAAACAAUUUAAAGGCAAUGCUACCAAAUACUAACAAAGUGUAUGUAAACCUCUGACCCACUGGGAAUGUGAUGAAAGAAAUAAAAGCUGAAAUAAAUCAUUCUCUCUACUAUUAUUCUGACAUUUCACAUUCUUAAAAUAAAGUAGUGAUCCUAACUGAUCUAAGACAGGGAAUGGUUAAGGUGUAUGUAAACUUCUGACUUCAACUGUAUUUUAUAUCUGUCUGUCUACAGGCCUGGAAAUGUCAUUAUAUUAGUAAAUAUGAAUGAAUAGACAUUUUUCUAGUUUUCUUCUCCUUUAAAAUAUUUCAAGUCUUUGUAUGUGCUUGUGUACAGUAAAAAAAACAAAAACAAAACAGUGUUACAAAUUCAAUCCAUUGAUGGUCUUAAUGGAGUAAUUUGUGUCCUUUUCAUAAUCAUUUAAAUGUGUUGAUUCCAAAGAUUAGUGCCCGACAACCCACCCUAGAAAUAUCAAUGAAAUUACAUCGUUGAAAAAGUCUCUAUAAUAAUCAUGAACAACUGAAAAAGUUAUGGAAAAUCAUUGGUCAAAAAGUUUUCUCAUUCAUGCUGUCUUUAAAUGCAUUUCUCUGUCUCAGAAGUUGAACAAUAUGGUAAUUAUUUCCACGUAAGAUUCAGUUAUGGAUAUCUGCCGUCUGACCAGCCUCAAUAUUUGAAACCGUCUCAUAAAUUGCAUGCUGACAGAUCUUUCUCUUUCUCUGUCUCUCAGAAAUGGCUGGUGAAUGACGGGCGUUUGACACGUGACCAUGUUUCUGCUCUGAGUCUGAUGCCCAGUCUUGCCACGUCUGUCGUCAUGGAAACGGAGGACUAUCUGCACCCUGAGGGCCCUCAGCUGGGGAGCCCGAAUUUCAGCGCUCCCAGUCCUCCUCUCACAAGCUCCAUGGAGGUACAUACAAGUCAGCUGUAUCCGUCAAACUCAUGGGUGUUCUCACAGCAAACCCAGUACAACCAGCACUAUCCUAUGCAAUCUGAGAGGCAGCUCCAGUCAAACUCGUCCUCCGUGAAUCUGGACCUGUCUGACAUAGACAUUCACGACCUCGUGAGGAACGGAGACUUCUCCCAGGAUCUGUCAGGUAUAGAUGAGCUGUCCAACACGUCUCUGUUCUCCUCGCCGUCUGACACGCUGUCUGAGUAUGCAGACCCCUCUGGGUUUUGCAUCGACAGUUUGGCACAGUUACCCACUGAGGGCACCGCAGCACAAUUGUACUGGGAUAUACCUGGGCACAGUCAGAGACAACAGCAGAUUCUGGGUGCUUUUCCUGGCAGGCUGGAUGACAUAAGCGCAAUCCAUUCCGCUUCAGUGGCAGGACUUAAGGCUGCUCCACCCCCACAGGAGGAAGAGGAGGAGGCAGAUGAGGAAGAAACAGAGGAGUUAGGGCACGCGGACACAUACGCUGAAUACAAGCCAUCUAAAUCUACUAUUGGAAUCUCUCACCCUGACAUUGUGGUGGAGACCAACACACUGUCCAGUGUCCCUCCUCCAGACAUCACAUACACACUGUCCAUUCCAGACAGCACCAUUAACUCUGGUCAGCUGUCAGCUCUGCAGCUGGAGGCCAUCACCUAUGCCUGCCAGCAACACGAGGUGAUUCUUCAGAAUGGCCAGCGAGCGGGGUUUCUGAUUGGAGAUGGAGCAGGUGUUGGGAAAGGUCGCACUGUGGCUGGAAUCAUACUGGAGAAUUUCUUAAAGGGUCGGAAGAGAGCACUAUGGUUCAGUGUCUCGAAUGACCUGAAGUACGAUGCUGAGCGAGAUCUCAAAGACAUUGACGCUCCCAACAUCCCUGUUUUUGCUUUAAAUAAGAUUAAAUAUGGAGACACGGCUACCUCAGAGGGCGUUCUGUUCGCCACAUACUCAGCGCUGAUUGGAGAGAGCCAGGCGGGCGGCCAGCACCGCACCAGACUCAAACAGAUCCUGGACUGGUGCCGACCCAACUUUGACGGAGUCAUUGUGUUUGACGAGUGCCAUAAGGCAAAAAACGCGACUUCCACCAAGAUGGGUAAAGCCGUGCUGGACUUGCAGAGUAAACUGCCCCGGGCGAGAGUGGUGUACGCUAGUGCCACAGGUGCUUCUGAGCCAAAGAACAUGAUCUACAUGAGCCGGUUAGGGAUCUGGGGGCAAGGAACACCGUUCAAGACCUUUGACGACUUCCUGCACGCUAUAGAGAAGAGGGGGGUUGGUGCCAUGGAGAUUGUCGCAAUGGAUAUGAAAGUGAGUGGCAUGUAUAUUGCACGGCAGCUGAGUUUUUCUGGUGUGUCUUUCCGUAUUGAGGAGAUAACACUGGAUGAAGAGUUUAAACUGGUCUACAACAAAGCAGCUAGACUGUGGGCAGAAGCUCUUGAGUUGUUUACCAGAGCGGCAGAUGUUUUGGGUUUGGUGUCUCGUAAGUCUCUGUGGGGUCAGUUCUGGUCAUCACAUCAGAGGUUUUUUAAGUAUCUCUGUAUCGCUGCUAAAGUCCGUCGUCUUGUCGAACUUGCUCAGGAAGAGAUCCAACGCGGCAAGUCUAUCGUAAUUGGCCUGCAGUCCACUGGAGAGGCUCGUACUCGAGAGGUCCUGGACGAGAACGAUGGACACCUGGACAGAUUCGUCUCUGCUGCUGAGGGUGUUUUCCAGUCCUUGGUACAAAAACACUUUCCAACUGAGAAACCCAAGAGAGAGAAAAGUGCCGCGAGCAAAAGGAAACGAAAGCCCAGGAGCCGGCCUUCAAAAUUUCCAAAGCACUGUGUGGGAGUGGGCGGAGUUAUUAAAAUCAGUGACGAUUCAGACUCCGAUUCAGAUGAGAUUGACAGCGAAUCAAAUUCCUCCCCUGAAUCACUACAGGACAACGACGAUGUGAUCUUCGUCAAUCACAUCAACGGCCCAGCUGCUAAACUAGAGGAGCUGAAGCAGAGGCUGCUGGGUAAAAUAGCAGAGCUGGGGAAAGAACUUCCACUAAACACACUUGAUGAGCUGAUUGACAGGUUUGGAGGACCAGAGAAGGUGUCAGAGAUGACAGGACGCAAGGGACGUGUGGUGCGUCGUCCUGAUGGUAGCGUAAGAUACGAGACCAGAGCGGAACAAGGCCUCACCAUCGAUCACGUCAACAUCAGAGAGAAAGAGCGAUUCAUGUCAGGAGAUAAGUUGAUAGCGAUCAUCUCUGAGGCGGCUAGCUCGGGAAUCUCUCUACAGGCAGAUAAACGUGUUCAGAACCGCAGGAGAAGAGUUCACAUGACCUUAGAGCUGCCGUGGAGCGCCGACCGCGCCAUCCAGCAGUUUGGUCGAACACAUCGUUCGAAUCAAGUUACAGCUCCAGAGUAUAUCUUCCUCAUAUCUGAGCUCGCCGGGGAGAGACGCUUCGCAUCUAUUGUUGCCAAGAGACUGGAGAGUCUGGGUGCGUUGACUCACGGAGACAGACGAGCCACUGAAUCCAGAGAUCUGAGCCAGUACAACUUUGAGAACAAAUACGGCACCAAAGCACUGGACAAAAUCACUAAAGCUGUUCUAGGACACAUCGACAACAAAGUCCCUCCACCGAAGGGCUACCCAGGAGGAGACAUCAUGUUCUUCAGAGAUAUGAAGAAGGGCAUGAUUGAUGUUGGGAUCUUCUGUAAGGAGCCACGCUUCGGACUGAACACAGAGAAAGACUGCAGCAUCACCAAAUUUCUAAACCGUAUUUUGGGUUUAGAGGUUUACCAGCAGAACUCUCUGUUCCAAUAUUUCACUGAUAACUUCGAUUACCUGAUCAAUAAAGACAAAAAAGAGGGGAAAUACGACAUGGGAAUAUUAGAUCUUGCUCCAGGUAAUGAUGAGAUUCAUGAGGAAACACAGGAGAAGUUUCUAACUCCAGGAAACCCUCAGGAAGGACAGGUCAUGCUUUAUAAGAUCAGUGUAGAUCGGGGAAUGCCAUGGGAAGAGGCGUACAGUAAAGCGGAGAAACUCUCCGGAGAUUACGAAGGGUUUUACCUCUCAAAUAAGUUACGCGGGAGCCAGCCGUGUGUCCUGCUUGCCGAACAGGGUCGUGGGCGGAACCUCAUCCUUUAUAAGCCCAACAUUGGCAAACAGGCUCACCCCGAGAAUCUCGACAACCUGCUUCUGAGAUACAACAAGGUAACACCUGAGGAAGCAAAGGACUGCUGGGAAAGUCAGUUUCACUUUUCCUUCACUAACUGCACACAUGCUAACUGGAACGGUAAGUGUAAGCUGAACGAGCAGGGACAGGAGUGUUUUCUGGGAAUGCGUCUCAGGCAGUAUCACAUGCUGUGUGGAGCACUACUGAGGGUCUGGAAACGAGUGUCCGACAUCGUCUCUGAUGUCACAAGCUCCAGCAUCCUACAGAUCGUACGACUCAAAACCAAACAAAACAGCAAACAAGUCGGUAUUAAGAUCCCUGAGAACUGUGUCUCCCGUGUGCGCGCUGAGCUCUCUCGAAUGGACGAGGAGGUGAAGAAGGCCAGGCGAAAGAGAGAACAGCUUGCUAAUGACCAACGUGCUCGUGUACGGCAAGAGAUGCUGGCCAAGAUCAUCAACGCCCGCAAACUGUGCGCCAACCCUGCCCUCACCCUUCCAAACCACCUUCUCUACCCACGAUCCCUCCUCCACCCUACAAUGAUGCCCAAGAGCGAAGCUGUUAGUGAAGUCCUGGACCUGACCAUCAGCCCGUGUCCCUCACCAGACAUCAAAACCCCACAGGACGCAGGAAUCAGCCUAAACAGCGUGUCUCUUAAUGGAGGGAUUGUGGGUGGGAGGGGUCGCCCAGGCGUGGUUGCUCCAGAGACCUUUGGCCUUGAAGAUUUGAUCUCUCAGGAGCAGCAGAGGCACAAGCAGGUCACAUUGAACUCCAACUUGCAUGUAUCGUCAUCUUUCAACGUCUUGCGACAGCCGCAGCAGCACGUUCACACCCUCAAGCAGAAUCAUUCGUCACUAGGCGUGUUGACUCAGCAGCAGAACAGCUCUCGGUUGCAGCAGGAUGUUCAGGCAUCUGCGCGGUACAGCACGCUUCUGUCGCAACUGCACGGAGGGCAGGACAAAACGCGCAUGCUGCGACUUCUCACGCAGAUGCGGCAGCAGACCGGUGCAUCAUCACAGUCUACGCGCGUAGCGCUGCCCUCACAUCGGAGCAGUCAACAUGCAAAUAUGCUGACGCACAACUCUAAUGCACUUGCACAUUCGUUCGGAAACAACGCACAGCAACAACAGCUGCAGGUGCAUGGAAGUGAACACAGGCAAGUUUCUCUUAGCAGAGCGCUGCAGUCACAACCCCUGCAGUCACAGUCGCAACCCCUGCAUUCCCAGUCGCAAUUCCUGCAGUCGCAACCCCUGCAUUCCCAGUCGCAAUCCCUACAGACGCAACCCCUUCAGACACAGUCGCAAUUCCUGCAGUCACAACCCCUGCAUUCCCAGUCGCAAUCCCUACAGACGCAACCCCUGCAGUCACAGUCACAAUUCCUGCAGUCGAAACCCUUGCAGUCACAGUCACAACCCCUGCAGCCACAGUCGCAAUCCCUGCAGUCGCAAUCCCUGCAGUCGCAAUCCCUGCAGUCACAACCCCUGCAGCCACAGUCGCAAUCCCUGCAGUCGCAACCCCUGCAGUCACAGUCACAAUUCCUGCAGUCGAAACCCCUGCAGUCACAGUCACAACCCCUGCAGCCACAGUCGCAAUCCCUGCAGUCACAACCCCUGCAGUCACAGUCGCAACCCCUGCAGUCACAGUCGCAACCCCUGCAGUCACAGUUGCAAUCCCUGCAGUCGCAACCCUUGCAGUCUCAGUUGCAAUCCUUGCAGUCACAGUCGCAAUCCCUGCAGUCGCAGUCCCUACAGUCGCAACCCCUGCAGUCACAGUCGCAAUUCCUGCAGUUGCAACCCCUGCAGUCACAGUCGCAAUCCCUACAGACGCAACCCCUGCAGUCACAGUCGCAACCCCUUCAGUCACAUUCGCAAUCCCUGCAAUCGCAUACAGUAAGCAGUCAUUCUGCUUCAAAAAUUGCGACCAGUCGAAACAAUGACUUUGAUUUCGGUGCUUUGGACUUCGGUUGCCCUUCACCAGUUUCGCAACUGCAGUACCCAUUUACCUCUCAAGCCUUGCCAUCCUCCACCCCACCUCCUUUUCCCUCUUCUCUCUUCGCAUCGGCUCCUCCAAACUCCUCCCUUUCGGACUCUAGCUCCUCCUCCUCACACUUCACACCAUCUUCCUCGUCGUCUGAACAGUCACAUCUUCUGUUAUCCAACGGCCACUGCAGUAUGGACGCCCUCGAUGUGCGCGAGACGCUGGAUCACAUGAUUCAUGGAACGCCCCCGGACCACCGCCAAUCUGUCAUCCAGUUCAGAUCAAUGGACUGGGACACCACCUAGAGGAUGCUGAUUGAAAUCUCUGGUGGGCACGGUCUGUUAGCAGCCACUGUAUCCACACACACAUCAAUAUUCUCGAUUCAUUACGUUUUGACAUCGGUGUCAGCUCACCCGGUUGGCACGUUUAGUUUUCAGUAAGAGUUCAGGAAGACUUUAUCUUUUUUGCAUUGUUUUCCCCAAGUCAUUCUCAGUCCAUAAGCUAGUUGCGUUUGGUUCUUUACGUUCAGUGAUGACAAAUAAUGGCACACUUGAAAUCUAUUUGGUUUUUAUUUGCCUUAUUUGAAGCAAUAGGGCUUAUCCACCCACCAUUUCACAUUAGAAAGCUCAAACAAUGAUAGCAUUGAGGUAAAAUAAAUGUUUAUUUAUUAAAACAUCUAUGUACACUUUAGUGUUUUCCGUUGAUCUGUAUUUCUGACCUUCUUUUCGUCAUAGGGAAUUUUUGUUUUUGAAUAAAUGCCUUCUGUUGAAUCAGUGCCUUUAAAUCCUUCAGAUGCAGUCUUGUGUGUGUGUGCGUGUGUAUAUAAAGUAUAUAUAUAUAUAUAUAUAUUUCUAGAAAUAGUAGUGCUAUAUUAUUUAUUUCUGUGCUGCUUUGCAGGAGGCGUACUAACCCGAUCACAUGAUUUGAAACUGCUGUUUGAACCCUUAGCCCUGUGAAUAUCUAAUUUCUAUAUUCUUUCUACAUUUCAAUAAUCUAAACACAGGGACAGAGUAGUUCACGAUAUCUCGGCUAUAACGUAGAAGUUGCGCAGAAUACUUGCCUGCUUUACAGACAGCUGAUUUCUCAGGUAUAGUGUAGACUCAUCACUGUCCAAACAAAUGAUUAUUUUAUGAAAUAUAAUACAGAUGGAACUUUGUGAGCUUUGGUAAUUGGAAGCCAAAUCAUUUAUUCGUAGAUCUUAAAAUAACUUAAAAGAAACCACUGGGGCUCGCAUUGAGACGUCUUUCUGCAGAGCGAGAGUGAAACUCAGCAAUAAAAACCAAACAAAUUACUAUAUAUGAAUUACAGACUGCCCCGUGAACAACUUGAGAGGCGUAGUGAUAUUUUUUUAAUUGUGUUUUUAUUAUAUUUGCUUAGAAAGAAACCGAAAACGGAUUUGUUUAUGAGAUUUUGUUCGUAUGAGGUCAAUGUUUUUCCUUUUGGUCCUGUAUUCUCGUGUAGUUGGAAUGAAAACAAAUGUAUUGAUGUCUUUGAAAUUGCUGUUCGUAUUAUUAUUAUUAUUGUUAUUAAUACUAAUUUUAUUGUUGCUAUUUAUAUCCAAGGGACAUUUUAGUAGAGGUAGUUUUGGUUAUUGUAAUCAAAUGAAUAAAACACUUUUAAAAUGCCUUGUCAGGGUUUUAUUUUACUUUCUUGAACCCAAAAUACAGAAUCAGAGCCUGCAACCUGCCAUUAAAUCGACUGCACUGCCCGGAACUGCUGUUCAGCAUUCGUGUUACUUCUUUACACUAACUCUGAAAACUCAGUUAUCCUUUUGGGGUCGGGCAUCUAGAUUCCCAUCACACCAAAAUUUCAGUGCAGUUUUUGCAGGCUCCGCUCAGUCGUGUUUAAUCUCAGGAAAGUUGAGGAGGGAAAUGCGGCAUCGUAGCGAGAGAUGUGAUUUAUUUUUUUUUUAUUUUUUUUUAUUAUUAUAAUUUUUUACAUUUUUUAACUACUGUGUUCUACACGGCCUGGCUAUCUUAUUCUAGACUUUAAGUAUAUACUUGCAUUCAAAAGAAAAUGCAGACUUAGGAAUAUUACUCGAGUAUUACUGCAAGGUCUCCCCUUCUUGAGAUGUUUUUAUGAAAUAUGUUGCAAGCAGUUUCCCUUUCUCUAUUGGCAGAUAGUUGUGAUUUUCACCAUGGCUGAACUGGGCUGUAGUUACUCAAUUAAAGAGUCGUUUUCUAUGUUUCUACUAAAAAAUAACUUGUAAACCUGCCCACAGUUGAAUACUCUCCUGUUGCCCUGUGUUUCAAACUCGGCAGAACGCUUUAAUAAUACAAAACAACAUUUAUUAAAACUGCUACUGAUUGUAUGUAUUAUUUUUGUUGUUGUCGAUAUUAUUGUUAUUAUUUCCAGUUAGAAUUCUGUUCAGCACUUUUUCUGUGGGCUUAUUUGUUUUAUCCCAAUAUUUAUACGUUUUUAUGGAUCUGUAAAUACUGUAAACAAUGUGCCUUUUGACGCAUUCUGAACAUUUUCUACAUUUAACAGAAGGAAUAUAUUGUACUGCAACAAUUUUUGUUAACAAACAAUAAAAAUUUUAAGAGUUUG